AUGGUCAUCAGCACACAGGGUGAGAAUGUCAUCUUCAAUGUCUACAUUCCAGCACAGAUCAUGAGAAGAUGGGAAAUGAGACUCUCUGGUUUCAGCAUAUGCAUUGCCAUUAUUUCUGUCAGAUUAAUCCUAGCCUCUGCACAGACUCUAAAAGACAGUUGUGUGGUUGUGGGUCCAGAGAUCCCUGAUUUUCACACUCCAGGCGAGGCCGUUAUCAUCAGAUUCCCGUUUCUGGAAGGUGCCAUUCGCUACAGGAAAUUACGCCUGGACAACAGCUCCUCAUUCCACGUGGAUCACAUGAGUCUGAGUAACCAAAGCAGUCUGAGGCUGCACCGAGACCGGGUGAAGCAGAGUGGGCGCGGGGUCCUACUGCUGCCGGGCCAGACCACAGACUCCGGAAUCUACAGCUACACCCUCAGGAGUGACACAUUCUGUCUGAUGGGGAGUAUUUCCAUCACGGUGUCUGCAGAUCUGAACACCACAGUAAUGCCCUUCAGCACAUAUGCAGGAGCAGACACCAGAAUCAUCUGCCCACAUUUGCAAUACUACACACGGACAGAAAACGCCAGGUGGCACAAGGAUUUUGAGAGCAGAGCGCUCCCUGUGGGCAGAGGACGGUAUAGCAUUGAGAAGGGCAUCAUUCUGGCCAUCAGAAACAUCUCUGUGGAGGACGAGGGCUUCUACACCUGCAGACUGACUGUGGUGGUCAACAACGCACAAUACAAUGUCAGCCGCACCUGGAGAGUGCACGUGACAGAGAGCGCUGCGCCACGCACCGUCACCUCCAACAGACCUCCAGUCACCUCCAGUGCUGUCACAUCCUCAGCAAAACUGUACCCUUACUUUGUCUCUCCUGUAAAUGGAUCCUUCAUUAAAAGUCGUUCUGGCUUGCAGCUGCAGCUCCAGUGUGUAGUGUCAGCUGUAAACCCCUCAUCUGCAGAGCUGACCUGGCUGAUCAACGGAAACACACCUGAACACUCUCACCUGGCCGGACGAGCGCUUCAGUCACAGAACAGAAUCACAGACCUCACUGUGGAGGUACAGCUGCUGAUCUCCAUCCUCCAUGAGGAAGACCACGGCACAGAGCUGAGCUGCAGGUGGAGAAACCAGGAGCAGAAGAUGGAGGUGCUAACCUACAUCAGACUGACAGACUCUGGGUCCUGGUGGUCUGGCCGCUUCAUCUCCUGCUGUUUUCUGCUGGUGCUCGCUGUUUUCUCUAGUCAACUGUGUCGAAGGAGUGAGAAACGAGGAGAUUACUUUCUGGCUCGACAGAACCAGCAGUGUCUGAAGAUCUGUACAAACACAACUGCAUUUACACUUCUCUCAUGUAUACCCUCAAUAAAAAUGAAAACUUGUUUUAAACGGACUCUCUCUCAGUGCCCACACAGAAAAUCAAACUCCGCAAAUACUCGUAGCAUAAGUGUGCUGACCACUGAGGAACGCCUGGCAGCACAGGGUAAACCGUCUUGGAUAUCAGUGGUGAUGCACACACGCUCUCUGCUGGUCCAGGAGAAACAGACGGGCUUUGUCAGGUUUGUAGAGUGUUUUGAGGAUUUGCCGGUUCAGAUGAUUCUGGCCAGCCCGGAAGAAUUAAACUUUUACUCUGAUGAAGAUGGCAGCUUUGAUGAAGAAUAUAUGACAGAGUAG